AGGAGAAUUCAACACUUCUGUUGCUUCCAAAGUGCAGACACCGCUUUGUGUUAAAACUUCCCCGGGAAUAGCAGGCUCGAUUUUAAGCGGCAGCUUUCCACCUGCAGAAUGGAGAUUUACCCAUAAGCUGCUGCCAGGCCUGCUAAGCUUUCCCAGCAACUUCUGCUUUGGUACAAAAUUUUAUGUAUUCCUAUGGACAUGGAAAGAGAUGAGAAGCAAGCUUACAGCUGAAAAAAUGAUAGUGAACAAUCAAUUGGAAUGCACCCAGUGAAAUAAAUGCAAAAUACUGUGACACUGGAGAUCUGGAAAACUUCUGGAGAAACUCAGCAGGUCUACCAGCUGAAGAGAGAAACAAAGUUCCUGUUUAAAGUCCAAGGGUUGUGUAAUAUAUCAGGAGGCUCAAAUUUUGGCACUGGCUUAAAAGAAGGAAAGAGCUCUACCCUUCAAGGAAGAAAAUACAUUUGGCAUCAUGAGCUACAAAGAGAGUAGAGAAGAUUUUGCAAACUAUGCAUAUCACUACUCAGAAACACUGGAAAUGGACAGAAGUGCACAGGGGAGAUCAUUUUCCUUCCACACAUCCCCACUGCAAUCCCACUACCAGCAGGAUCCAUUUGAUUCACCAGAUGUUCAGAGAAGGUGGGAACAGCUAGAAAUUCUCCAAAUGAAAUCGAUGGAAAGGGAUCAAGUCACAGGAAGACCAUCGUUAAUUAAUGUGAAUCCAUAUGAAAAUGAAACUGGAUAUGAUAAUCCUGUAUUUGAGCCCUCGGAAGAUGAUUCUUAUAGCACUGUCUCAUCUGUAAAAGAUGAUUACAGGCACCAAGAUUCUUCAUACAUUGCCGACAUAUACAGAAAAGCAGAGACAUCAAUCAGGGAGCCAGCUGCUGCCCAAAGGCGUAGAACUAUUGGUGUUACAAUGCGUUUAGCAUCCUUGGCCGGAUUAAGUUUAUCACAAUAUUCACUGCCGGAAGCCGAAUUAAGUGAAGAAGAGAGACAGGAUAAAAUAAGGUUUAUUGCUGACUUAGCGAAAUUAUCAUACAAUGAAAGGAUGAAGACCAUCCAGCAAUUGACAAUGAGCAUUGAAGAGAAACGAGAGAUCAGGGAUCAGGUUCAGCAAAGAAUUGGGCCAGAUGCAGCGGACACAGAUGUUCAGAUACAUGGAUACACACAGUUGCUAUACAAACUAUUGUUUUCUCUUCGACGUUUUCGGGAGAAUAUGCUUAUAUGUUUCCAGUCAGUUCAUCCUUGGAAAAGAUCCCUGAAAAUCAUUGGUGGGAAAUUUGGAACAAGUGUUCUGUCCUAUUUCACAUUCCUCAAAUGGCUGCUUAUGUUCAACCUGUUCUCCUUCUUGAUAAACUUCAGCUUCAUCACCAUCCCACAAUUCUUUGAUAUGGGCAUUAACAAUGCCACUUUCACAGGGGUGGAGCUGCUCACUGGUUCAGGUUAUUUUACACAAACUGUGUUUUACUAUGGCUUUUAUACAAAUGCGAGCAUUCAAGCAAAUCCCACUGCCCAAAUGUACAACAUGCAAGUUGCUUACUUCCUCACAAUUGGAUGCUACAUGUUGAGUUGCUUUCUAUAUCUGGUUUACAGCAUGGCAAAGUCGUUCAAUGAAAACUUUAUUGCAGUUGGCAUCCUGAGUGGUGACGCAGCCAAGCUCUUGUGUUCCUGGGACUUCAACAUAACAAAUGAAAAAGCAGUAGAACUGAAAAAAAGAAACAUUAGCAGGCAAUUAAAGGAAAUGUUAUCAGAAAAAAUGCACUAUCAUCGGCAUCUAUCAACAAAACAGAGAAUACUGCGAUAUUUAAUUCAUCUGAUGGCCUGGAUUAUUUCAUUAGGAACAACAUUUGGUUGCUGUUUUGGAAUUCAUUCCUUUUCGAUCUCCAAUUUUAAGAUUAUUCAAAAAAAUCCAACAGAGGAAGAUUUAUACAAGCAAGCUUCGACAUUGAUGUUACCUUUUGUAGUGGCAAUUGUCAAUCUGUUCAUACCUUUAUUCUUCUCCUUCCUUGGUUCAAUGGAAAGAUUCAAAUAUCCCCGGGAUGAGAUGUAUGUUCUCAUUAUAAGGAACGUUGUAUUGAAAAUGUCAGUAAUUGGAGUUCUAUGUUACUACUGGCUGGUGACAGUAGCAAACACCGUAGAGUGUUGGGAAACAUUUGUUGGUCAAGAUCUGUACCGACUUGUGGUGACUGAUUUUAUCUUCUCCUUACUGGGUUCCUUCUUUGGGGAGUUCAUUCGGAGCAUCAUGGGAACACAUUGCUGCCAUAAACUUGGAAAACCAGAAUUUGACAUUCCAAGGAAUGUUUUAGGUUUGAUCUAUGCUCAAGUUCUGGCCUGGAUUGGACUUUUCUUUGCACCUCUUUUACCAGCAAUACAAAUAAUAAAGUUCUUCAUUAUAUUUCAUGUUAAAAAGGUUAGCCUAAUGAUGAAUUGUCAGCCUCCUCGCAAAGCAUGGCGAGCUUCUCAUAUGACGACCAUCUUUAUGUUCCUGUUGUUCUUUCCUGGUUUCCUUGGGGUACUUUGCUUGUUAGGAGCAACUGUGUGGAAAUGGAAGCCUUCCAAACUCUGUGGACCCUUUAGAGGAUUAAAUGUGCCCUACAGUACCAUUUCCCACUUCAUUGAUGUGAUACAAGAUAAGGUGUAUCACCUGCACUGGCUUGUAUGGUGUUACAAUAACUUGAUUAUGAACCCACUAUUCUACUUCAUCUUAACAAUUAUUGUGUUUGCUAUCAUCUACCUGUAUUCACAAAUUAUAGAUGGGCGGAAAUUGAUGAUAAAACUUUUACAAGAGCACAUUAGUAAUGAAGGAAAAGACAAAGCAUACUUACUUCGGAAGCUCAACAGCAUGAAAUUAAAGAUGGAAUCUUCCAAAGAGAAGCUUCAUUCAAUGAAAAUCAGUGAUGAGUUUAUUGGGCACUUGGAAGCCAAAGAAAAGUCUGAAGACAGAAAACCAACCUCUUUGAAUAUGAAGAACAUGCAAGAUCAGGAUGUUAUCAGUAACCAGAAUACAGAACAACGAAGCAAUUCUCCAAAUGUAGAAGGAGAUAGUGCCAGUGCUCUUGCACUGGCUUUGGCUGCCAAGCAUCAGGCAGAACUGGACCCAAAUGAAUAACGUAUUCAGAAGCAAUGGAUUAAACUUUCGACAGCCCUGUGCCCCUAGCUGGAGCUCCAAGGUAGACAUGACUUACCAGAAAAUCACAUGUACCAUUAAUUUAUGGAACAUCAGGAGUUAAGCUGCAGCCAGAUUCCAACAAGCAGCUUGCUGCAGUGAGGCACAUCUACAGUUCUUUUGUAAAUCUGCCUGAUCAUUGUAAAACUUUUGAAGGUGACUGGGUUCCUUCACUGUUUUAGAGUCGUAUUUAGGUUCUGAAAAUAAUUAAGCAUAGAUCAUAUGCGGUUAGCCAUGUUAAUAAAGUUGUUUUCUUACUUAAGAAUGCAUCGCCAAUAAUGAAAAUUACAGUCAAACUCUGUAAAGGUGCAAUGACAAGAAGUAAGAUUUCUAAAGUAAUUUAUAAUUGUUCAUUGGAACAUUCUGAUGUACAUUUUAUUGGUAAAUAAUUCUAAGGUAAUGUAAAAAUUUGCUUCAAAUCUUCAAAAAGAACAGUGCCUCAACUUGACAACCAAAGAAAGUUAAGAAUUAAAUGUCAAAAACUAGUACUUCUCCUUAUGCUUUUUAAAAAAAUUUUAAUUGCAAAAAUCUUGUCCGUUAACUAUUUUUAGUAUUUUGGAUAUUUUUGUGCUUUGUUGUGAUAUCCAUUGAUGGGACAUUUCCACAUUUCAGACACCAGACCCUGAAAUUCUGUGGUCCUUCUCCAAGCUUCCUGCCAUAAUUUUAGCAGGACUCAAAACCUCAGAAACAUUGCUGGAAUAGGCAACUAAUCCCCUUUCUCCAGGUCUUCUGCCAGUAUCCCACUGAAGUUAUGGCAGCAAACCCGAGACAAACACCACAGAAUUUACAAGUUCUAAUGUUAGCGUCAAGAAUGUGAGCCACUCUGUUCUUCCAGCAAAGCUUGAAUCUCACCUUAGGAUGACACAGCCAAUUAUUGUGUCAGUCUUCGAGUGUUUCUGAAUGAUUAUGAAUUUGUGCCAAAUUAAUGGUCAUUUCUUUUUGCGCUGACUAUCAGUUGGGUUGGGCUGUUCAAUUACUUGUAUAGAAUUCUCACAGGCUGGGUCCCAGACAAGAAAGAGCAAUAAACUAAAUCACUGAAACACUAACUCCUUGUUUCCUACAGCUACAAUAUUUUUAGUUAAUUUUAAGAUUCGCUAUUUAACUUUAUGAAAGUAAUGACAUUUCAGUCAUGUUUAUUUGUGAUAUGUUGCAAUUUAAAAUGGUAACGAAAAUAAAUAUACCU